AUGUAUUUUUUAUUGUUUUACAUUUUUUUUGUAAAUAUUUUUUUAAUUAAUGGAAAUAUACAAAAAAUUGAUGUUAAAGGACGUAUUCUUUGUCAGGGAAAACCACUCCAAUUUUUAAAUGUUAAAUUAAAGGAAGAAGAUUUUUUUUUUGAUGAUAUUUUGGAUGAAAAUUUUACCUCAGAAGAUGGAAAUUUUGAAUUGUCUGGAGAAGAUGAUGAAAUUUUUAACAUUCAACCAUACAUACAAUUUACUUAUACUUGUUGUGAAUAUUUUGAAAAUUGCCAACAUGAUACAAAAGUUUUAUUUCCCCCAAAAAAUUUAAAUUUAUCUUCUACGUUAAAAGUUUUACAUGACUUUGGAAAUAUAGAUUUUCAUAAACCAUUACAAAUUAUUAAUUAG